UCUCCCCGUUCUCUCAGAAACGUUUCCUCCGUAUUUCUCUUCCACAUUGGAGCCGUCUGCCGCCGACAUCGAGCGCAGAGGUUCAGCCGAUCCCAGGCCUCCAGUCCAGGGCGGAGGGAGGAGAGGAGGCGGCUGGGGAUCGGGAUGGAGGACGCAGAGGGAGCUGCUGGGCCCGGAGCACCGGCCGGACCGGGGCUGCGCCGCUUCGGCUGCGCUUCCUUCAACCAGGACUCGACGUCUUUGGCUGUGGGAACAAAGAGUGGCUACAAGCUGUUUUCUCUGACCAUGGUGGAAAAACUGGACUGCAUCCAUGAGAGUGUAGAAACUCCUGAUGUCUACAUUGUGGAGCGGCUCUUCUCCAGCAGUCUGGUCGUGGUCGUGAGCACAGCCACGCCCCAGCGCAUGAACAUCUACCACUUCAAGAAGGGAACUGAGAUCUGCAACUACAGCUACCCCAGCGACGUCCUCAGCGUCAAGCUGAAUCGACAGAGACUGAUAGUGUGCCUUGAAGAGUCCAUUUAUAUCCACAACAUCAAAGACAUGAAGCUGCUGAAGACUCUGCUCAACACUCCGUCCAACCCAUCAGGUCUCUGUGCUCUGUCUAUCAAUCAUUCCAACUCCUACCUGGCAUAUCCUGGAAGUGCCACCAUCGGAGAGAUUAUCGUGUACGAUGCCAACAACUUGAACACAGUGACCAUGAUUCCAGCUCACGACAGUCCUGUGGUAGCUCUUACCUUCAACGCCUCGGCCACCAAACUAGCCAGCGCCUCGGAGAGAGGCACAGUCAUCCGGGUCUUCUCCAUUCCUGAGGGUCUGCGUCUCUUCGAGUUCCGCCGAGGCAUGAAGAGGUCAACCACCAUUUUGUCUUUCAGGAUCCAGAAGCUUCCUCGGCUGCUGGUGGCCACAGCCAGUGGGCAGCUUUUUAUCUAUGAUGUGGACGCGGCGGACGGAGGCGAGUGCAUGCUGGUCCAAAAACACAGACUGUUCGGUGCUGAUGACGACCAAAGUGACAAACCAGAUAUUGAGGGGUCAAAUGACACGGAGCCCAUCUUUCCCUCUUAUGCUGCUACGGCUGCUUUACCAGCAUCUGGACCGGUCACUGCCACCUUGACUGGCUACUCUGAAGAUGGAGGUGCCAAGAAAGGAGAAGUUAUUCCAGAACAUGAGUUUGCUGCUGGACCCGUGUGUCUGGACGACGAGAAUGAGUUUCCGCCUAUUAAUUGGUGCCGCGACAGGACUGGAGGCGGCCCAGGGAGGCGCUCAUGAUUGUGUAGAAGGACACAUGGACAGAAAAGGCACCGUGGAGUCAAAUGAACAGCAAAAAACAAGACUUUCAUGGUGCCAUCUGACUUUUUUCGUUUAGAGAAAAAAAAAAAAACGCACACUAGUGGGAAAAAAAAACAAAACACUGACACAAGAAGUACAAGUACUGUAGAACCGUUUGUUUUUGUUUUUUUGACUGUAUGUGGCUCAGUGUUUUGAAGGGACAGUUUAAGGUACUGACUCUCUAUGGUUGACUGUGCUGGUUGGUACAGCCAGGUCAAAACUACGUCUCGUUUCAAACAUGGCCGCCAGUGGGAACACAGGAAAACCUAGACUUUAGUUAAUGAACAACAGUCUCAACAAAUAUAUACGAGUCAAUGAGAGAGUGUUCCUGUCCCUGUAGUUCACUGGGAGGCGCCAUUUUCUCUCGUUUUGUUCUUUGAAAAUAUAUUUCAAACACCAGGUUUAAAAAAAAUACGCCUGGGAUGUAAAUGUAGAGGCAGCGGUGAAUUAACAACUGCAACAACAAAUCACAGCAGCUCCGUCACUGAGACGCUGAAAGAGCUUUGGUCUUAGAAGAAUAAGCUGUUAAUAACUCCUUAUAAUAA